GGAGGGAGCCUCGGGGACGGAGGAAGGAGCGGUUGGGUAAGGCUCGCAGCCAGCAGCGCUGCCGGGUUUGCGCAACGCGGGCGGGCUGAGCCCGAUGGCGGCGGGCGCGUCCCGUCCCGGGGAGCAAAGUCCCGGCGGAUGCGGGCGCGGGGCCGCGCCGUGCCCAGCAUCCCCUUCCUUCCGCGGGAGCAGGGGUGAGCCCAGCACCGCCUGCACGCAGCUCUUGAGCGGGGCUGGGGAGGCGGGAAGCAGCCACGAGGUACGCGACGUGUCCCGGAGAAAUAAGUUACUCUUGCGGAAAGGAGAAGCCGAUCCGCCCCGCCUGCCUGGAAACCGGCCGCAAACCGGGCCCGGGCCAGCUUUCCCCAGCCCGCCGUCACCAGCCCCGGCUGCACCGCCCCCGGCACCCGGAGCCCCGCACGGUGCGGGGGUAGGAGCCGCCCCGCCCCGCCCCGCCCUGCCCCGGCACAGCCCCGCCGCUCCCCGGCACGGCCCGGUACGGCUCGGCACGGCACGGCACGGCACGAUACAAUACGAUGCGAUGGUGACCCGUCCUCCCCGCGAACCGGCCCCUCCUGGUGCUGAGCGCCAUCAGUAGCCCCGUGCGGGCGGCAGCAUGGGUCUGGGGAGCCCUGCGUGCCUCCUGCUGCUCCUGUCCCUGCUGCGGGCCGGCGCCUGGCAGUGCCCCCGCAUCGCGUUCAGCUCCACCCGGAACUUCUCGGUGCCCUACGCGCUGCCCAGCCUCGAUGCUGACGGCCCCGUGCAGAACAUCGCCGUCUUCCCCGACCCGGCCACCAUCUUCGUGGCCGUCCGCAACCGCAUCCUGGUGGCCGAUCCCGAGCUGCGCCUCCUCUCCGUCCUCGUCACCGGCCCCACGGGCAGUGCCCACUGUGAGAUCUGCCGCCUGUGCCCAGCGGAUGUGGACGCCCCGGGGCCUGAGGAUGUGGACAACGUGCUGCUGCUGCUGGACCCGGUGGAGCCGUGGCUGUACAGCUGCGGCGCGGUGCGGCGCGGGCUCUGCUACCUGCACCAGCUGGAGGUGCGGGGCAGCACGGUCACCAUCGCGUCCACCCGCUGCCUGUACUCCGCCGCAGCCAACAGCCCCGCGUCCUGCCCCGACUGCGUGGCCAGCCCCCUGGGGAGCACCGCCACCGUGGUGGCCGACCGCUACGCCGCCUCCUUCUACCUGGGCUCCACCGUCAACAGCAGCGUGGCGGCACGCUACAGCCCGCGUUCGGUGUCGGUGCGCAGGCUGAAGGGCACCGGGGACGGCUUUGCCGACCCCUUCCAGUCGCUGACGGUGCUGCCGCGCUACCGGGACUCCUACCCCAUCCGCUACGUGCACUCCUUCACCGAUGGGGACCACGUCUACUUGGUGACGGUGCAGCCCGAGUUCCCCGGCUCCGCCACGUUCCACACGCGCCUGGUGCGGCUCAGCGCCCACGAGCCCGACCUGCGGCGCUACCGCGAGAUCGUCCUGGACUGCCGCUACGAGUCCAAGCGGCGGCGGCGGCGUGGGGCCGAGGACGAGACGGAGCGCGACGUGGCCUACAACGUGCUGCAGGCCGCCCACGCCGCCCGGCCUGGCGCUCGCCUGGCCCGCGACCUCGGCAUCGACGGCACCGAGACGGUGCUGUUCGGCGCCUUCGCCGAGAGCCAUCCGGAGAGCCGUGUGCCGCAGGACAACUCGGCCGUGUGCGCCUUCCCCCUGCACCUCCUCGACCAGGCCAUCCGGGAGGGCAUGGACAAGUGCUGCGGCACCGGCACGCAGACGCUGAAGCGGGGGCUCAGCUUCUUCCAGCCGCAGCAGUACUGCCCGCACAGCGUGAACCUCUCGGCGCCAGUGGUCAACACCAGCUGCUGGGACCAGCCCACCCUGGUGCCCGCCGCCUCGCACAAGGUGGACCUGUUCAACGGGCGCCUGUCCGGCAUCCUCCUCACCUCCAUCUUCGUCACCGUCCUCCAGAAUGUCACGGUGGCCCACCUGGGCACGGCGCAGGGACGUGUCCUGCAGAUGGUGCUGCAGCGCUCCAGCUCCUACAUGGUCGCCUUGGCCAAUUUCUCUCUGGGGGAGCCGUGGCCAGUGCAGCACGCCACGGGGCUGCAGGGACACUCGCUGCUCUUUGCUGCUGGCACCAAGGUGUGGCGUGUGAACGUCACCGGCCCCGGCUGCCGCCACUUCUUGACCUGUGACCGCUGCCUGCGUGCCGAGCGCUUCAUGGGCUGCGGCUGGUGCGGGGACGGCUGCACGCGGCACCAUGAGUGUGCAGGCCCCUGGGUGCAGGACAGCUGCCCACCCGUCCUCACUGAUUUCCACCCCAAGAGCGCGCCGCUGCGGGGCCAAACACGAGUGACGCUCUGCGGCAUGACCUUCCACUCCCCGCCGGACCCCGACGCCCGCCGCAGCGCCCCUGGCCGCUACCGGGUGGCGGUGGGAGGGCGAAGCUGCACUGUGCUGCUGGACGAGAGCGAGGGCUACAGGCCGCUGCCCACGUUCCGCCGCAAGGACUUUGUGGACGUGCUGGUGUGCGUGCUGGAGCCGGGGGAGCCGGCGGCGGCGGCGGGGCCGGCCGAUGUGGUGCUCAACGUGACGGAGCCCGCCGGGACCUCGAGCUUCCGUGUCCAGGGAUCCACCACCCUCAGUGGCUUCGUCUUCGUGGAACCCCGCAUCAGCACCCUGCGCCCCAGCUUUGGUCCCCAGGGCGGUGGCACCCUUAUGUCCCUCAAUGGCACCCACCUCUCAGCGGGGAGCAUCUGGCAGGUGACGGUCAACGGCUCUGAGUGUCCUCUGGAUGGGCAGCCCAGCCAGGGCGACGGGGAGAUACGGUGCACGGCUCCUGCUGCCACCAACCUGGGUGCAGCCGCUGUGGCCCUGUGGAUCGAUGGCGAGGAGUUCCUGGCCCCAGUGCCCUUCAAGUACCGCCCCAACCCCUCCGUUUUGGCCAUCGUCCCCAACUGCAGCUAUGGGGGCUCAAUGCUCACCCUCAUCGGCACCCACCUGGACUCAGUGUAUCGCGCCAAGAUCCAAUUUGAAAGCGGCAGGGGCGUGAGGACCGAAGCCACGGAGUGUGAGGGCCCGCAGUCGCCCGACCGGGUGCUGUGCCGCAGCCCGGCCUUCCCCGUUGAGACCAAGCCGGCACCCGGGAACCUGAGCGUGCUGCUGGACGGGGCCGCCGGCCGCUGGCUCUUCCGCCUGCGCUACUUCCCCCCGCCCCAGGUGUUCCCCUUCGGGCAGCAGGGCGAGCGGUACCGCCUCAAACCUGGCGAUGACGAGAUUGAGGUGCAUCAAUUGGGGCUGGACUCCGUGGCCGGAUGCAUGAACAUCACCAUGACGGUGGGGGGCCGGGACUGCCACCCCAACGUGCUGAAGAACGAGGUGACGUGCCGCGUGCCUCGCGACAUGGUCCUGCCCCCGGCAGGGGCCCCCGUGCAGAUCUGCGUGAACGGCGCCUGCCAGGCGCUGGGCUGGGUGCUGGCCACCUCCUCGCUGGACAUGGCUGCCAGCCUGGCCCUGGGCACCGGUGUCACCUUCCUGGUCUGCUGCAUCCUGGCCGCCGUGCUGCUCCGCUGGCGCUGGAGGAAGAGGAGGGGGACAGAAAACCUGGAGCUGCUGGUGCACCCUGUCCGGACCGAGCACCCCAUCAACAUCCAGCGCCCCAACGUUGACUACAGGGAAGUGCAGGCAGUGCUGCCUGUUGCAGACAGCCCCGGCCUGGCCAGGCCCCAUGCACGCUUUGCCGGUGCCGGUGCUGGAGCCAGUGCUGGGAGUGGUGGCUCCCCAGUGCCGCUGCUCAGGUCCACGUCCUGCUGCCUGGAGGACCUGCGGCCAGAGCUGCUGGAGGAGGUGAAGGACAUCCUCAUCCCCGAGCAGCGGCUCAUCACCCACCGCAGCCGCGUCAUCGGCAGAGGGCACUUCGGCAGCGUGUACCAUGGCACCUACAUGGACCCGCUGCUGGGCGAGCUGCACUGUGCCGUCAAGUCCCUGCACCGUAUCACAGACCUGGAGGAGGUGGAGGAAUUCCUGCGCGAGGGCAUCCUGAUGAAGAGUUUCCACCACCCGCAGGUGCUCUCACUGCUGGGGGUCUGCCUGCCCCGCCACGGGCUGCCCCUCGUCGUCCUGCCCUACAUGCGCCAUGGGGACCUGCGCCACUUCAUCCGCACGCAGGAGCGGAACCCUACGGUGAAGGAGCUGAUCGGCUUCGGGCUCCAGGUGGCCUUGGGCAUGGAAUACCUCGCCCAGAAAAAAUUUGUGCACCGGGACUUGGCGGCCAGGAACUGCAUGCUGGACGAGACGCUGACGGUGAAGGUGGCUGACUUCGGGCUGGCGCGGGAUGUGUUUGGCAAGGAGUACUACAGCAUCCGGCAGCACCGGCACGCCAAGCUGCCCGUCAAGUGGAUGGCGCUGGAGAGCCUACAGACCCAAAAAUUCACUACCAAGUCAGAUGUGUGGUCCUUCGGGGUGCUCAUGUGGGAGCUGCUGACGCGGGGUGCAUCGCCGUACCCUGAGGUGGACCCCUACGACAUGGCCCGCUACCUGCUGCGGGGACGGCGCCUGCCGCAGCCCCAGCCCUGCCCCGACACGCUGUACGAGGUGAUGCUGAGCUGCUGGGCACCCACCCCCGAGGAGCGGCCGUCCUUCUCGGGGCUGGUGUGCGAGCUGGAGCGCGUGCUGGCCUCACUGGAGGGUGAGCGCUACGUCAACCUGGCCGUCACCUACGUCAACCUGGAGCGUGGCCCCCCUUUCCCCGCCGCCCCCCGGGGACAGCUGCCCGACAGUGAGGAUGAAGAGGACGAGGAGGAUGAAGAGGAAGAGGAGGAUGAAGAGGAUGAGGACGCGGCUGUGCACUGAUGGGGUGCUCUGCACCGUGGGUGCACGCCCCCAAGGAGGGCUGUGGGGCACGGCUUGGUGCCGUGGGGCACCCACCCUAUGGGCUGGGUGCUGUGGGUGCUGUCCCAUGCCAUGCACUGGGACUGUGCCAUGUCCCAUGGGGUCCCCCCCCUUGGCCCCACGCUGGCCGGGUGCUGUGGGGCUCGUCCUGCACCAGUGGGAUGCUGUGGGCCCCGUGAUCAGCUCCAGCGUGUGCUAUGGGGAACCCUGAGCUGACCACGUGUCCCAGGGGGUUUCGGGGCCUCGCUGGGAAAUUCAGCAUUUUGCGGUUGAAUCACUGAUAAAAACCAAAUGUUAUUUUUCA